CGAGCUUCCGCAGCGCACCCGAGCCAAGGCAAAACCACUCGCCUUCUUCCUUUCUUCGUGACCCAGAACAGCGCAAUCAUGUCUCGUGACCUUCUGCACCCGUCCGCCGCCGAGGAGGCCUCCAAGCACAAGCUUCGCCGCCUCGUACAGGCCCCCAACUCGUACUUCAUGGACGUCAAGUGCCCUGGCUGCUUCAACAUCACGACCGUGUUCUCACACGCCCAGACCGUCGUGCUGUGCGGCUCGUGCUCGGUGAUGCUCUGCCAGCCUACGGGCGGUAAGGCUCGCCUCACGGACGGCUGCCAGUACCGCAAGAAGACGGAGUAAGUUUAUUCGUGGACCACUCAGGAGCCGCCCCCGCCUGCGAUGGCGGGGAGCAGCAACUAGACGCUCGACGACGCAGGGACGGAGAAAGAACCAAGCAAGAAAGCAAGUUGGCCACGCCCGCUCGGACCUUUUCAGCUCGCACGCCCACUCGCUUCGGCUCGCUCGGGGACUCGAUGUGUCUGUGGAGGAGAGGAAGCCGCUCAGUCUUUUUUGGCUGGAUGGAUCGGGUUGGCACGCUGCAUCUUGAGCAAGGAGGUAGCUGCUAACGUGAAUCGAGGGACGUAAGAGUUGAUUAU